UACCAAAUAUCGCCUAAAAGUGCAUCGCUAGCAGUAAGAUACUGUUUUGCAGCGAUCACUUAGGCAUCCAGGAGUUUUCUUAGAAAUCCAUUGAACCACAACAUACAAGUGAAUAUUUUCACUUUACGCGCUCCAGAAAGAAGAAUCAAUGGCUAAUUUUCUGACCCCCUUGAUGAAGGCAACAACGAAGCAAUGCGAGUACAUCGUGAAUGCUAGAAACAGACUCGGAGCCCACGCUAUCUACACGGGUGGCUUCAACGCUGACAAGGAGCGGUUCAGUUUAUACCUUCCUUCGACCUUCAGCGCGAGGUUCGCCUUUACUGUCGUCUUUCAGUACGACGGAGCUGAUCUAGACACAUGCGCCUUGUUCCUCGCACACGAGACCAACUUGACUUCGACAUACUUGAAACUCGUGUUUUCGACUACGUAUGAUGUGGAGUACUACCGCAACAAUCGAAAACAAUGGAUAAAAUUAUUGGAUAUAAGGACACCAGUGAAAGGGUUUCAUGUGCUCGAAUUCGAAGCCGCCGCUUCUCGCUUGCGGGUACAGAUCGACGGCGAAAACAUGUUUCCAAAGGAAAAUGUUUACGCAGAACUGGACUCCAUGAGGUUCUUCCAUACAGGGCCAGUAGGAAAUGCCCCAUUUGUAUUAUGGGAAAGUCACUUUACGGCAACCGAUUAUUUCGUCCGGUUUGAGCCAAGGUUUGCCUUCGAGCACGGCAAUUUGAGCAUCAGAGCAGGAGGAUAUGCCUUUAUACACGCCAAAUGGCCCAAAGAUAUUAACAUAACAUUGAAGCUCAAGAUGGGUGUUACGUCUUUAGAGGCGACGAUUCCCUCCACCGGUGAUACGGCUUGCUUGUUGAAAGUGUACAAUGAUGGAUUCGCAUUUGGUCAUGCAAACACCAACACCGGGGCAAUUUUGAACCGAAGUACGAAACACAUAGCGCUGAACGGAAUGCACGUAGAACCCAUGCCCGACAAAAUUAUGGAGUUCACAAUCGUUACCGGAGACAUCCCCUGAAGCACACCUGCUGACACUUACUAGUAGAAACUGGAAUAUAAUUUUCAAACAUUUCUAGUGUGUUUUGAGGGUAUUAAACACUGCACAAUGACGAAACUUCA